GUUUUGAUUUCGUUAAAAAUCGUCGUCUCAGGAUUUUUCUGAUAAUUUUUAGUAAUUUCGCGACAAAUUGUGGUGCAAAACAAGUGGUUUUCCGAUUUUUUGUUGUAUCAUUUCCCUGGUGCUGAAAGCAAACCACCGCCAUGGGCAAGGGCAAAGCGGAAGCGGGCACGCCCAAGUACCUGGCCAACAAGAUGAAAGCCAAGGGUCUGCAGAAGCUGCGCUGGUACUGCCAGAUGUGCCAGAAGCAGUGCCGCGAUGAAAACGGCUUCAAAUGCCACACGAUGAGCGAAUCGCACCAGAGGCAGAUUCUACUGUUUGCCGACAAUGCCGGACGGUUUAUCGACAGCUUCUCGUCGGAGUUUAUGACCGGCUAUUUGCAGAUCCUCCGGCGGCAAUUCGGAACCAAACGGGUGGCUGCCAACAAGGUGUACCAGGAAUACAUUUCCGAUCGGCACCAUCUGCACAUGAACUCGACCAAAUGGCACUCGUUGUCGGAGUUUGUGAAGUUUCUCGGGAGGAAUGGCCACUGCGUGGCGGAUGAAACGGAGAAGGGUUGGUUCAUUACGUACAUCGAUCGGGAUCCGGAAACGUUGGCCAUGCAGGAGAAAAUGGCCAAGAAGCAAAAAAUGGACAAGGAUGACGAGGAGCGACUGGCGGAAUUUAUCGAGGAACAGGUUCGCCGAGGGCACAAGGAAGAGGAACCUAGCAGCUCGACGUCCUACACGGAGCUGAAGCGCGACAAUGAGGAGGAAACCAUAAAACUUAACCUGAAGCUUGGAACCACCAUCAAGGUGGAAAGCAAACCGAUCAAGCUGGAGAAACGACCGUUUGAGACGGCCGCCGAUGAGGACAGAAAGGAAAAGAAGUUUAAACCCGGCAGUUCUUCGUCAGGUGUAUUCAAAAAGCCAUCAGCUCUGGAUGAACUGAUUCGGGAGGAGGAAAUUAAGAAGGAAAAAACCAAUCGUAAGGAUUACUGGCUCGCGGAAGGGAUCGUGGUGAAGCUGGUGUCCAAAUCGCUGGGGGAAAAGUUUUACAAAGAAAAGGGUGUUGUACUGGAUGUGAUUGAUCGAUACAGAGCAAAGAUCAAACUGCUGGAAACUGGGGACAAACUGAAGGUUGAUCAGGCACACCUCGAAACGGUAAUCCCAGCGAUCGGGAAGCAAGUGCUCGUGCUGAACGGUGGCUAUCGGGGAAAUACCGCCACCCUCAAGGAAAUCGACACCGACAACUACUGCGCGACGAUCGAAAUCGCCUCCGGACCCUUGAAAGGCCGAAUAGUUAACAAUGUCCAGUACGAAGAUAUAAGUAAGUUGUUUUAGCACAUUUUUUUUUGUUUUCUUACUCUAUAAGGUAUGCCACGAUAUGCAAGAGUGGAAUUAGGUUAGUAAAAUAAAAAAAAGAAACUAUGCUAAAAAGAAGACGGAAGAA